AUGUUUUCUACACUAAAAACCAUAUACAAUGAGCGUCUCAAGCUUCAUUCAUCCACGGUCGUUGAAUAUAUGGAAGGCAUUUCCACACGUUUUGAUAAUAGAUGCAACAUACAAGACCAACAAAUAUGGUAUGCCUUUUGUUCAGAUUGUUGGCCAACUUCAACCAACAAGACAUUUAGCAUAGCUUUUGCAUUUAUCGUUAAUGAAAAGGAGGAGAACUAUAAUUGGGUGUUAACGUGUCUAAAAUCCACAUUAGACAAGUGCAUGCACCCACACAUUAUAGCCACAGACAGGGAAUUGGCACUGAUGAACGCAUGUCAACAAGUUUUCCCCGGUGCCACUCGGUUACUUUGUAGAUGGCACAUUACUGAAAAUAUUAGAAAGCGUUGGAGGAGAAGAUUCAAGAUAGACGAUGAGUGGAAACCCUUUCAUAUAAUGUGGACUGUACUUGUUGACUCUCCAACAUGGAUAGUGUACAAUGAUAACUACAAAACACUCCAAUCGAUGUUGAGAAAAUAUCAAGGUGAGUAUAUUCCAUUAGAAUCGAUAGAUAUAUUCUGGACAAAGCUUGAUAUAUCAGAGUCAAUUUCUGUAGCUAAUGAAGAUAUUCGUUGUGAGGAUGAUUUAGAAAUGAUUAAAGAAGACUUCUAUCAACAGUCAAAAGCAGGAAAAAAAACAACCACUCCCAAAUUCUUCUGGUCAUCAGAUAAACAGUUCUCAGUCCUUCGACUGUUGAAGAAGAUGAGACCGAUGUCAGCUCUCCUCACUCCUCAAAAAAAAAAUUUGAUGCUGCUGGGAAUUGAAGAGGAGUUGUGGUUAGAGGCAGUUUAUGCUGGAGCAAACUUCUGGAAGCCUGUUGAUCAGUAUCAUAUUUUAACUCUAUGAGCUUUAGCAAGUCUAGAUAAGUUUGAAUAUAUAUGAUAUUUUGCAAUUCAUCAAACAUACUAUCUUUUUUCACUAUUUAUUUAUGUUUCUAAGUAAUUUUCCCUGGUAAUCAAGUACCAUGGAUUUGAAUUGAAUAAUUCAUUUAACCAUUUGUAUCGACUUCAUAUGAGUUUCAAUUUCAAGGGUAAACUAUACUUGGCUACUGAUACAAUAAAAAAUUGUUCCACUUGCAGUACAAAAAUUGAGGCUGGAAUGGGAAAUUAAAUGGACAGCGGUACAAUAAUGGAAGCUAGAACAGGAAUGGUGGUAGACAAAACAAUGGGAAUUAGCAGCAGAAUGAGAAUGAAGUUGAGCAGGGGAAUGUAAAUGGUGAACAGCGAUAUAGACAUGGUCAAUCUUAUGGUUCCUACUUCUCUUUUUUUUACUUGCUGCAGCUUUAUAUUAUGCCAAAACCGAAUGUUUUCAUCUAUAAAUUUGGGGAAUUAUGGACUUAAGUUUUUUUUUUUUUUUUU